AUGGCCAAGAGCGGGCCCGCACUCUUUCUGGGCCUUGAGUUGGCUACCGAUCAACUGCGAGCAACCAUCGUCGAUGAGAACUUGGAGUUAGUUGGCGUCGAGGCGGUGGAUUUCGACACAGAGCUGUCAGAGUACCAAACACAAGGAGGGAUAUUUACUACUCCUGGGGAUGCGUAUACGACGCCCGUGGAUAUGUGGGUGAAGGCUCUCGACUUCCUACUCGAGAAGGUUGGCUCAAACCAUGACGCCUCGAGGAUCAAGGCGAUUGGAGGCUCUGCCCAGUCGGCCUUGGUCUGGUGGAAGGCGAAUCCGGCAUCUGCAUUCCCGCCUCUCGACUCGCGCCUUCCAUUGCAUUCCCAACUCUCGCCGUCGGCAUUCUCGCUAGCGAAUACGCCCAUUGCUCAAGACACUUUCUCCCAUUCCCAUGCUUUACAACUCGAGGCCGCGCUCGGUGGUCCCGACCAGAUGGCCAACCGUGUAGGCACGGCCUCAACCCCGUCUCUCGUUGCCGCUCAAUUGCUUCGUGUACGCGAGUCUUCUCCAGACGUCUGGGCGCGGACAGGUCGGGUACAGAUGGCUUCAUCGUUCCUAGCGAGUUUACUCUCUGGCUCUUGGGUCGGCAUGAGUGAAGCGGAGGCUUGUGCAACUGGUCUUUGGCAUCAUUCCACCGAUGGCAAAGGUCACUGGGACGACGAAGUUCUCGCACUCGUCGCCGGCAACCCGGAAGAAGCUCGACGCGUUCGAUCCUGGCUCGGCGACGUUGACUCCUCUGGCGGAGGCAGACGCAUAGCGACCGUCUCAAAAUAUAUGCAAGAACGUUACGGACUGGAGCCUGACACUAUCAUCUCACCUUUCACCGCGGAUUAUCUAUCAACAUAUCUCUCGCUCGUGCCCUCGCCUUCUGAUGCUGUGCUCUCCUUUGGUCCCAUGGACUUCCUACUUACCAGCGCGCCACACUACCUUCCUACGCGCCUAUUCAACGUCUUCCCGCAUCCGGCCCAGGACCAGGGCGAGAAGCGCAAGUACAUCGUCAUGCUUACAAGCCGCAACGCGGAUGUACCUCGAGCACUUGUACGCGACAUGUACACCAAGAGCUGGAGUGCUUUCGACCGUCUUGUCGCGGUCGUCCCACCAGGCGGCUCAAUUGGGCUUGACAAUAAGCUGUUCAGCUUCUGGCUCCUCCAGGGUGACAGCUACCCGAUGCCGCACGUGAAAGGCAUCUACCGUUUCGAAACGGGCGUCAAAGUGAACGAAUUCCGUGACCUUCGCGCGAAUCCCCGGUGUCUUGUCGAAUCCCAGGUCCUUUCGUUCCGCAUCCGCUGGGCACGGAGUGUGGCUACAGGUGUAUUCGGCACCAGUGCCGGCCGCGCCCGUGGCGCGCAUGCAAACUACGUAAACGCUGUACCGAGUACAUCUGCAAGCCCUGCGCCGGGUCAGAUUACUAGGACUGGCACACCCGCCUCUGCAUCUGGCGCACCCAUAUCCGCGAAUGUCAGCGCUGCCGGCGCUGUGGGACUCACGUUUGACCCGUACGACCCCUCCGCACUUCCCGGGCGCAUUCUUGCCACGGGCGCGGCCAUCAACUUCGCAUCUGUCGCGCAGCUCGUGGGCGAAGUCCUCAACGCGCCGGUCUUCGUACCCGCGACGCAGUUGGAUAGCGCACAAACGGCACCGCAUCGCAAUGCGCCGGCGCCGGGUGUACCCGGGCGCGCCGCGCUCGGUGGCGCAUACGUUGCGAGAUGGGUGUGGGGUCGCGAGCGUGGGACUGGACGCGGAAGUUUCGAGGAAGAGGUCAAGAGGCUACUCGGCAAGCGUUGGGCGGGUUCGGGCGGCAAGCCUCCCCGGACGAACGUGCUUGUACCCGCUGGCGAAGCACCGCGCGCGGGGCCGGGUGGCUUUGGCGCAACGGUGUUUGAAGAAGAGGAAGACGAGGAAGAAGGCGGGGAGAGGCGUGCGAGCGGAGGGCUGUUGGCGGAGCUUACGGCGCGUGCGAGGACCAUCACUGGAUCGACUGCUUCUACUGGCGCUGCGUCAAGCUCAGUCGGUGGACCCAGCACGACGCUCACAACGCCCGAUCUUGCAAGCGGGCUGUUGAGUCCCAGCCUCGGCUCAGGACAGGGCGAGGCACCAAGUGCGCUCGUACCCGUUGCCCCACUGCCCACGGGCGAAGCCGAGUCGCAGAUCGGGUUGGUGAAGAUUGCCGAACCGGACGUGGAUGCGUUCAUGUCGUAUGCGGCCAUCGUGCCGGAAUACUGCAGGUUGGAGAGUAUGCUCGUGAAGAGUCUGGUUUAG